GAUCCGUGCAGCAGAUAUGUUCAAGGAACUGGCAGGCAUGCUGGCGCUGUUCCAGCCGGAUGAUCCGUUUGCUUUUCUCAUCGAUGGCCUCCGCCAGUUUCAGAACCAGGCGGCUUCGGUAGGUGUAGACGGUGUGGUCUUCUCGGCUCAUCCGGCUUCAGCUACGGCUACGCCGCCCAUCUCGGCUGCCAUCUCCUCUCGCAUCGCAUCACCUUCGCCCGUCCCGCGCGUCUUUGCAGCAGAUUCUGUGCCGUCGGACGCACCGACUCCGGUCCGUGACUGGGAGCCGCGGCUAGAGGAGUACGACUUUGAAACCGGCAUCUCACUUGUCUACGUCGAUACCAACGCCAACCUCAUUGCCUCGUCUGAGACAUCAGCCCGUGCCGCCGCGCCCGAUCUCACCUUUGUCACCCAAGCCCACCGGGGCGCGGAUGGCUCGCUCACUGCAAGCUCAGACUAUGCCGGUGUAGGCCUUCCCACCGGCACCCGGACUGCCGUCGCCGUCGCCCAAGAGGCAGCCCGGCCCGACGACCAGCUCGUGACUCUCCUCGCCUACGACCCGCGGCUGCGCGCCAUCGACUCGGACGUAGACGCCCUCACCGCGGCUGGUCUUCUCAACCAGCCCGGUCCGUUUGACAUCCUUUCCUUUGCUGCCGGUACCCACAGGCCGGCAGACUUUGCCACCGCGCCGCUCGCAGGGCCGGCCAUUCUCACCAUCGUCCCGCGCGGGCACACCCUCCUCCCACCCGUCCUCGACGCCGCGGCCGCCUCACUUGCUGACGCCCUCCUUCGCCUCACCGGCCUCCCGGUUGCGGCUGCACUCCAUCUCGAGGACGUUCGCAUCUCGCUUGCUGUCCGCCCACAAGACACGCCCGGCAUUGCCUCUGCCACCCUGGCCUCGCUCCGCGCCCUCGAGCACAACUCCCGCCGGAGCCAGGCCGUCAAGCUCGAAGUCGAGGCUGAGCGCAAGGCUCGUGAAGCCCGCGCCCGCAAGCUGGAAGAGUUUGAGCGUGCAGACCGCCUCGCCAAGCUCCGCGAAGGCCAAAAGAUGGUCGCCCAGCGCGAGGCUCUUCACGCCGCCGCCCGCAAGCAGGAAGAGCUACAGGCGGUCAUUGAUGCCGAGCGCGCCGAGAAAGACGCCGAGCGCCAACGGCUCGAGCGUGAGAAGCACAAGCAUGAGCGCUGGAAGACGGUCCUCCUCAAGCAGAAGGAGUCGCUCGCUGCCGAGAAGGCGGCCAAGGAGAAGGCGCUCGAGAAAACCAUGGCCCAGCUCUCCGACGCCGAGCGCGUCCGCCGUGACACCCUCCGCCGCCGCGAACUCGAGCAGGCUCAGCUCAAGGCCCAGCUUGAGGCCCGCGAGACUGAGCUUGCCGCCCAGCGCGCCGCCGCGCUCGAGGCCCAGACCGCUCUGGUCAAGGCCGAGGCCGCCCUCGUUGCCGAGCGGCGCACCAAGUCCGAGCUCUCUGCAGAGGCCAAGAGCGAACACGAGCGCGCUGUCGCCGCCGAGGCUGCCGCCCGCAAGCGGGUCCACGACGUUCAAGCCGCUAUGAUGGAUGUCCAGGGCGAGCUCGACGCUGCUGACAUGGAGCGCCGCCAGCUGCGCGCCCAACUCGAGGAGGAGCGCAAGGCUGUCGAGCUCCGCGAUCAGGCCCGCGAGAAGCUGCUCUCGCUCACGUCGAUCUGCGGCGUGGGCGUGACAAACUCGGCUGGUCGCACCGACUGUGUCGCCGUCACCACACUCUCCGCCGACGGCCCCGCUCAACUCGCCGGCCUUCGCGUCGGCGACCUCAUCCUCCGCGUCGGCGAGAUCGAGACCAACGAGCGGCAACACUUUAUGCAUGUCCUUCAUGCCGCCUUUGUCGGCGAGACAGAGAUCUUCCACGUCGAGCGCAACGGCCGCAAGCUCCGUGUCCCUGUCCAGUUUGGAGCAAAGGGCUGCACCAUGGACGAGGUUCGUGCCCUUCGGCACCUUGCUGGCGCCGACUGGUGCAGGGCCCGCGAUGACGGCGUCGAGGGUAUCACCGACAUGGGCAAGCUCCUCCUUGCUGCCGAGCAAUCAUCGGGCGCCAAGUCUUCCGGCUCACCAUCCUCCAACCGUCCCGGCUUGUCACGCCGCCGCCCGACCGGCCGCAAGCGCAAGUGA